CUCGCCCACACUUUCUUUCUCACACACGCACGCAGACCCAUUCUCGCUCUCGGCGCGCUCUCCCUCUUUCUCUUUCACUUUUGCAUGCCCCGCAACCUUUUAAAAUGUUGCCCCUUCCCUGUGAUUCGCCAGACGCCGCGCCGCGGCCCCCCGCGCGCUCUCCCGCUCCCUCUCUCGCCCGCUUUUUGUCUCCGGCGCUCCCUCUCCCCACCUCCGAUUUGCUACACUGAGGCUCCGGUCAAUGGACUGCAUUGAGAGCCGGCUCCGGCGCGAGUUGCCUCGGCGCUUCACGCUCGAUUUCCAGGCAUUCUUCCCUUAUUAAGUAUUCGUGUAAUAUUAAUAGUCAUGAAUAUCUGCUAUUAGGAGACUCCAGGAACGCUGCCCGGCGCGGUUAUUAGAAGCUGAAGCGAAGCCGCCGCCAAGAAAAGAGGGGGAGACACGGAUUAAGGAACACGCACGCACGCACACACACUCACCCACACUUUUUCCCUUUUGGGUUUUUUUUUUUUCUUUUUCUUUUUUAUUUUUUUUAAAAAAGAGAACUUUGCAUCCUAGCCGAUCACGGCGAGAUAGAGACCGUGCGUUCGACCAGCUGAAGGCGCCGCGCCGAUCGGUGGUUCCAGUUCGGAUGGAUCCGAGCGAGGCUCCCGCGCUCCGGGGAGCGUCGGCGCCGUGACUCGAGUCCGGGGUGGCGCGCGGCUCUCGGCCCCCUUUUGUGUGGGGCGCGCUCGGGCGGCGGGGCAGCCGGGCGCUCCGGGCUUGCUUUUUUUUUUUUUUUUUUUUUUUUCUUUCCACCCUGACUCGUUACCCCAGACUCUUCGCAGAUGUUAGUUCACAGUUUUUCAGCUAUGGACCGUCACGACGGCACCAGCAACGGGACGGCACGGUUGCCCCAGCUGGGCACUGUAGGUCAAUCUCCCUACACCAGCGCCCCGCCGCUGUCCCACACCCCCAAUGCCGACUUCCAGCCCCCCUACUUCCCCCCGCCCUACCAGCCUAUCUACCCCCAGUCCCAAGAUCCUUACUCCCACGUCAACGACCCCUACAGCCUGAACCCCCUGCACGCCCAGCCGCAGCCGCAGCACCCGGGCUGGCCCGGCCAGAGGCAGAGCCAGGAGCCUGGGCUGCUGCACACACACCGGGGGCUGCCGCACCAGCUGUCGGGCCUGGAUCCUCGCAGGGACUACCGGCGGCACGAGGACCUCCUGCACGGCCCACACGGGCUCGGCUCAGGACUCGGAGACCUCCCGAUCCACUCCUUACCUCACGCCAUCGAGGACGUCCCGCACGUAGAAGACCCGGGUAUUAACAUCCCAGAUCAAACUGUAAUUAAGAAAGGCCCCGUGUCCCUGUCCAAAUCCAGCAGCAACGCCGUCUCCGCCAUCCCUAUCAACAAGGACAACCUCUUCGGCGGGGUGGUGAACCCCAACGAAGUCUUCUGUUCAGUUCCGGGUCGCCUCUCGCUCCUCAGCUCCACCUCGAAGUACAAGGUCACAGUGGCGGAAGUGCAGCGGCGCCUUUCGCCGCCCGAGUGUCUCAACGCAUCGCUGCUGGGCGGAGUGCUGCGGAGGGCGAAGUCUAAAAAUGGAGGAAGAUCUUUAAGAGAAAAACUGGACAAAAUAGGAUUAAAUCUGCCGGCAGGGAGACGUAAAGCAGCCAACGUGACCCUGCUCACAUCACUAGUGGAGGGAGAAGCCGUCCACCUAGCCAGGGACUUUGGGUAUGUGUGCGAAACUGAAUUUCCUGCCAAAGCAGUAGCUGAAUUUCUCAACCGACAACAUUCCGAUCCCAAUGAGCAAGUGACAAGAAAAAACAUGCUCCUGGCUACAAAACAGAUUUGCAAAGAGUUCACCGACCUGCUGGCUCAGGACCGGUCUCCCCUGGGGAACUCGCGGCCCAACCCCAUCCUGGAGCCGGGCAUCCAGAGCUGCCUGACUCACUUCAACCUCAUCUCCCAUGGCUUCGGCAGCCCGGCCGUGUGCGCCGCGGUCACGGCCCUGCAGAACUAUCUCACCGAGGCCCUCAAGGCCAUGGACAAAAUGUACCUCAGUAACAACCCCAACAGCCACACGGACAACAGCGCCAAAAGCAGCGACAAAGAGGAGAAGCACAGGAAGUGAGCAGGUGCAGUACCGCUCUCCCCGCCGCGGGCCCCCUGCCUCGACCUCCCCAUCAGCGCCGACAGCCCCUGCCCUCUUGUGGCGCCUGAGAGAACGGAACAGGCCGUGAAGCCCGCCGAGAAAAGUUCUGUUUGUGAACAUUUUUUUUUUUUUUAAAUCAACAACAGCAACAAAAAUAAAUAAAUAAAAACUUUUUUUCUAGAAAAAAUAACAUAAAAAUUAAAAAAAAAUUAUAUGAGCUUCAUGGGACUGAAUCACCACCUUCCCUUACACACUCCAGAUUGUAGCCAUACUAAAAGAAUAAUAAUAAUAAAAGGCAAAAAGGAUAAUGACAUUUUUAUCAGUAUUGUGAAUAAACUUGAACACAAAUACACGAAGUUCCAUGUCAUGUCUUCAGUUGUAGAAGUUUUCCCUCCUCAAGGUAAAGCGACCAACUUGAACUCUGGCAACACGAUUCAGUUCUAUAAGGGAAUCAGUGUUCACGACUCUGUAUAUAUUUAUUUAUGUGUAAUUUAAUGGGAAUUGUAAAUAUGGUGAGUCUGUUUUAAGCCUUUUUUUUAUUUAUCUGGUGAUCUCGUUUACCUCUUGUUUAGUGGGUUUUGAAUCUUUCCUAUUAGUUCUUCAUUGUGGUUCAUGGUACUUACUUAGAAUUCCAAGGUUUGGGGAACUUUUUUUUUUUUUUUUCCUCCCCCCUCUGGGAUUCAUGAAUUUAGCCCUGUUGUAGCAUGUUAAAGGUGACAAUGAAACAGCUGAACAGAUUUUAAAAAGUAAAAUAAAAUUUUAUUUAUAAUUAGUGUUACGUUUAGCUUUUCAUUAAAAUGAAAGUAAAAAGUGAUACUGGACCCCAGGAUGAUUUUUAAACUUGAGUGGUUUGAUAACCUUUCUGUGUAUCAUGGGGAGGAAAAACAAAAGUUUAUUUUAUUCCACUGUCCUCCCUUGAAACCAUCAUUUGAGCAAUAAAUGGAUAUUGUCUUUAAACCAAGGGUUAGGGAUUCUCUCUCUCUCCCUCUCUCUGUUUCUCUCUCUCUUUUUGUUCAGAGAACUUCAAACGUUUGGGAGCACCUGGUAGUCUGUAUUUCGCUGGCCAUAUUGGAAGCAGUUCUAGUUGUAUUGUAUUGAGUUGUGCUGGCAGUAGUUUCCAUGCCUGUCAAUGUAUCAUAGUCCUUUGUUGCCCAGAUAAAUAAAUAUUUGAUACGCUUUAUGUCGAUUUUUUUUUAUUCAGUGGCUGUCUUUACCCAGGCGUAUUUUUGUUCUUGGCAGUAUUUUUUAUUCAGUAUGGUUACAGUAAUUGAGUUUAACUCUCCCUUGCCAAUUGCUCCUUGCAAUAAGCAGCUGAACCCAUUGUUUCCCUCAAGUAUAAUAAAAACUUACUUUCAACUUGGAGUUCAGAGCAGGGUAUCAUUUAGAUAUUCCACUGAGUCUGUAUUCAGACAAAUGACACAAUAAAACCCAAUGUAUUCUUUUGGAUAAAAGAUUGUUUG